CGGUUUGGAAGCAGUUGGAUUUGGAAGGCCUGUUGGAGAGAGUGCAAAAGAAUAAGAAGUGAAGACAUAAAGUGAUUGAACUAUAGCUGAAUCACUAAGUGAAAUUUCUGGCAGUAUGGAAGUUCUGGAGUCCAGUGAUGAGGGAAAGGAGAAAUCCAAAUUUAAAGGCUUCAAGAGAUUUUUUGGGAAGAAGAAGAAAAAAGAGCCUGAAGAUGCCCAGGGAAAGAGGAACCUCAAACCAAACUUGUCCAGUGAUAGUACUAACAUCUCUUCCGUGAAGCCAGUUUGGGAAGGUCGACAAACCAAGCCUAGGGCCAAGAGCAGCAUGGGGAACAAAGUCCUGUCCCACGACAGCAUCUUCAUGUUGAAGUCUGAGUCUGAAAGAUCAGGAAGCAGAAUAUGCCCCUCUCCAGAGGUCCAGAGAGGCAGACAGCUUCAGAUCCCACCACGGGGCCCACGCCAACCCAGCAUCAGCUCACCUCUUAUUCAAUCUGACACAGUCUCUAAGGAGUUUGAAGAAAUCUCUGUUGCUGAUGAGUCACUGAAGAGCCCACGGAAGAAGGGUUUAUCACACACGAUCUUGACAUUGAAGAAGGCAAAACCAAAACAGGCGAAGCCACGCCUUCCACUGGCUUCUGAAGAAGAGAAAAGCACAACCGAAGGGAAAGAAGCUGACCAAAAGAGGCCGAAAAAAGACAGUAUAGGUGCCUCAGGCUGGGAACAGAGAAACAAAACUGGGAUUUAUGAACAGAAGACAAGAGAUCCGGCUGCAAACAGAGAUGCCGCUGAGAGCCAGGGCUACCCAUUUCUAGCGGCAUACAGAAGACAGUGUGGAAGGAGAGGCUCAAGUACUUUGGAAAGAAGUGAGCAUGAAUCCAAAGGAAGAAGCUUUAAAGCAUCCAGUCUAGCACUUGACCUAGGUAAUGGAGCUUGGUUCCCACCUGCCGGUAAGACUGCCAGGGAUUUCCGUUCCUGGAACCUGCCCUUGCUGAAGCAAGUCAUGGAGCAGCCCCCGACGGCACAAACAGAAAGCGCUACUCCUCAGGAGCUGCUUUCAGAUAAAGAUGACAUGAGAAGGAGCAAUGCCGGUAUAGAUUUUGAACGCAGAAAAGCACCAGCAUCACAGCCCAUACCUGGAGACAUGGAAGAGUCCAUGGUUAGUGGUCUGUCACCAUCCCGUGAAGAUGGGGCUUCUGCAGCCGAGAAGACAGAAGCCAGAGCCGCUCUUUUACCCGUGGUGGGAAGCCCUUCUACAACCCGAGAUAUUUUCUCAGUGUUUACGGAUCCUUCUGAUAGCCAGUCAGAAGAGGAAGAAGCGUCCAUCUUUGAUUUGAAAAGUGUCCAAUUUAAAAUGAAGUCAGCUCAAGAUACCUACAAAGAAAAGUCUCCUGGAAACGUUCUCCAGGCCUUUACCGCAAGCACUUCAGAUAGCUUGCUGAGAGCUUCGGUAGAGGGAGGUAUUUCUGCAGAGAGGCUGCCUCCCAGAAGCCUUUCCCUGUCCUCGGGGGAGCUGAAAGCUGAAGCCAUUGCCUCAGAGGGUACUUUAGAGGCUGACAGUGGUUCUGAGCAGCAGCUGGCUCUUGGAUAUCUUUUCCAGCCCUCCAAGAAGCACAGAAAUGAACAAGAAGACUUCCCAGAAUCAGAAAGUUCAGCUGCGGGAGUGAGCGGUCCUGAGCAGCAGCAGGUUCCUAGGCGGUGGGCUCCUAGAUAUUCUUCCCGUGCCUCGGGGAAGCCAGAAGUGGAAGCCGUCUUUUCGUGUUACGAGAGUGCUUCCAAAGAGGGGAGUGGCUUUGGGCAGCAGCGGGCUCCCAGGCACUCUCUCCAGCCUUUGAGGAAGUCCAAAGAUGGCCAAGAAGUCUUUGCAGAAUCCGGUUUUGCUGUGCAAAUGACCGGUUCUGAUGAGCAGCUGGCUCCCAGAUGCGCUUCCCAGACUUUGGGGAGGCCCAAAGACCAAAAAGAAGUCUCCUGGGCUUCAAAGAACGUACCUGGAGUGUGGGGUGCUUCUGUGCAGCAGAUGCCUCCCAGGCGCCCUUUCCAGUCCUGGGUGGGCCCUACAUCCGAGCAACAAGCCUCUGCAGGUCCAGAGAGCGCUGCUGUGGAGUGGGGCUUUUCCACGGAGGCGCGGCCUCCCAGAGUGACUUCUCAGGCCCAGAGGAGACCAGUAGUGAAACAACCAAUCUCUGCAGGUCCAGAGAGUGUCGACACUGAAGGGGAUGCUUCUACCAAGCUGCUGCCUUCCAAACAUUCCCAGGCCACUGUGAGACCUAAACUCCAGCAAAUGUCAAGUUAUGAGGGUGCUGCUGUUGAGGUGGGCAUUUCUGGGGGGUCACUGCCUCCCAAAUAUCCUGCCCAGCGGGUUAACAAGUUUAAAGUUGAGGAAAUGUCCUCACGUCUAGAGAGCAUGGCAGUUGAAGAAGGCAUAUCCAAGGAAUCGGUGCUUCCCAAUCAUCUUUUCCAGUUGUUCAUGAAGUUUAUGGUACAGCAUAUCUUUUCAGAGAUCCCUUCUACUGAGGAGGGAAUCCAUGUGGAUCCUCUGUUUUCAAAUCAACCUUCCAAACCCUUGUCGAGGCCUGAAGUCGAGCACCAAGUUUUCUCAGGCUACGAGGGGACCGAUGUUGAGGGAGGCAUUUUUUUGAAGCAGCUGCCUGCGAAAAGCCCUUUACCGUGCUUGGGGAGGCCCGAAGGCCUGCAGGAAGUCUUCUCACGUUCAGAGAGCACUCCUGUAAAGUGCAGUAGUUCUAAAGAGCAGCCGCCUUGCAGACACCCUGGCCAAGCCGAAGAUGAGGCUGAAUUUCAGCCACAGACUUUCGCAACAGGCCCAGUGAGUGCAACUGUGGAGUGGAGAGGCUCGGAGGAGCACCCGCCUCCCAGACACCCUUUUCAGGCUCCUGCAGCCCCUGAACACCAGCAACAGGUUUAUUCAAGUCCCAUGAGAGCUGCUGCUGAGGGAAGCAUGUUGGAGAGCGAUCCUAGCUGCUGGUCCCUACCGAGAGACCCAGCUUCUGCAAACAAAACCAAGAAACACAGCCAAGACUCUGAAGACCUCACUAAGAACGUCCCGAUUCCUGCUACCAAAACUGUGACGUUCACUGAUGCUCCUGUCUGGCAAACAUCCACUUCUUGGGGCACCUACUCUAAGGAGGAAGUUCUUGAGAGUGGUGAUCAAGACUCGUCGUCACACAGUCUUUCUCAACCACUGCGCCACCAGGGAAGCCCCUGCCUCACUUUAGUUCUAACUUCUUUCAUUCCUUUCUCAGGUAAAGCUCCUGGUCGACAGUCAGAUCAUGCCACCUCAGAGCCAGCUUGGAUAACCAUGAUAAACCAGAGGCAGGAGAGUCUCCAGGCCAACAUUCCUGUGAAAGAGCCAGAAACCAAGAAUAGAGCUGGAGCCGAGGCUGAGACUAAGGAACCUAGAUAUGGGAGAACUGGCCUUGCAGAUGAAAACCAACCGAGGAGGGUUUUCACUUCUGAUGUUAACAGAGAGGAGAAGAUGGCACUGAAGCCACCGAAGUCUACCAAAGCAGUAGGAUUCGAAGAUGAGAAGAUAUUUCAAGUACCUUCUACGGAAGAAGAAACCAGAAGGUUUUCAACUCUCCCAGCCGUGCUACAACAGCCGGCUGAGCCGGAUGAGCCAGCUGAGCCGGAUGAGCCAGUCUGGUUCUCCCUGGCCAAGAAGAAAGCCAAAGCAUGGAGCCGUGUAGAAGAAGCCACGCAAUAAAUAGCUCCUGGGUGGAGUAUCAGCAUUUUAAAUGAUAAUUGCCAAUAGCUGUAUUAAUGUCACGUAGUGAAUUAUUUACUGUAAUCAUUUUUAUUAUGCAUAAGAGCCUUAAAAGGGGAAUUAAAGCUAAUAAUUAUUUGAAUGAAACAGAUGCCAUGAAUGCCUAACCUUCAGUACAGUCACUGCCAGCAUCUGAAAACCCAGCUUUUCCUCUAUAAAAACUAUGUAAAAUGUAAAACAGAAAGAUAGAUCAAUGGAACAGGAUAGAAAGCCUAGAGAUAAACCCACGCUCAUAUGGUCACCUUAUCUUUGAUAAAGGAGCCAAGAAUGUACAGUGGAGAAAGGACAGCCUCUUCAAUAAGUGGUGCUGGGAAAACUGGACAGGUACAUGUCAAAGUAUGAGAUUAGAUCACUCCCUAACACCAUACACAAAAAUAAGCUCAAAAUGGAUUAAAGACCUAAAUGUAAGGCCAGACACUAUCAAACUCUUAGAGGAAAACAUAGGCAGAACACUCUAUGACAUAAAUCACAGCAAGAUCCUUUUCGACCCACCUCCUAGAGAAAUGGAAAUAAAAACAAAAAUAAACAAAUGGGACCUAAUGAAACUUCAAAGCUUUUGCACAGCGAAGGAAACCAUAAACAAGACCAAAAGGCAACCCUCAGAAUGGGAGAAAAUAUUUGCAAAUGAAGCAACUGACAAAGGAUUAAUCUCCAAAAUUUAUAAGCAGCUCAUGCAGCUCAAUAUCAAAAAAACAAACAACCCAAUCCAAAAAUGGGCAGAAGACCUAAAUAGACAUUUCUCCAAAGAAGAUAUACAGAUUGCCAACAAACACGUGAAAGAAUGCUCAACAUCAUUAAUCAUUAGAGAAAUGCAAGUCAAAAGUACAAUGAGAUAUCAUCUCACACCAGUCAGAAUGGCCAUCAUCAAAAAAUCUAGAAACAAUAAAUGCUGGAGAGGGUGUGGAGAAAAGGGAACACUCUUGCACUGCUGGUGGGAAUGUGAAUUGGUACAGCCACUAUGGAGAACAGUAUGGAGGUUCCUUAAAAAACUACAAAUAGAACUACCAUAUUACCCAGCAAUCCCACUCCUGGGCAUAUACCCUGAGAAAACCAAAAUUCAA